AUGUAUGAAGUUAAUUGGCUAUUCUUUAUGAAUUCUCUGUGGAUUCCAUUUGACUAUAAAAAUCAAAUAUUUUUAGAGGACGCAUUUAUAUUAAAAGGAACAUUUGUUGACCUUGAAGACAGUCAUUUUCCCGAAACACGUAAAGUCCGCGUUUUUCCUAAACAAGAUUACCUUUGUUACCUGGGUGUACGAUAUAGGCUUAGUAGAAUAAUGUUACCAAAAUAUAUUAUGCGGUAG